GCCGUCAGUGCUGCUGUCAAACUCAUCGAGACAACAACAAAAGCGAAUGGAAUAACAGCCGAAAUAAAUAAUCGCAUAUUAAGCAACACUUUUUUCAUUUGUGUUUUGCUUAACAGCUAAAAAGCAGGCGGCGUUCUCUUAUUCGAGCGUGUUGUGUGUGCGAGUGCAAGUGUGCGUUUGUAUGUUGUUUAUAAACUUUUGUGAGGCGACAACUGCCAUAUAAUAAUAAUAAUAAUAUUAAUAAUAAUAAGCGUAAUAGUAAUGGCCAAGGCGGAAUAAUAAUAAUAACAAUAAUAAGAGUAUUUUGUAUUGCUGAAAAUUAAAAAGUAAACGCGAGGCUAUGACCAAAUUGUGCCGUUGUAGAUAUAUAUAACAUAUAUAUACAUAUAUAUAGCAUGCAGAGAUAGGAGAGGAGAGAGUAGAGGAGAGAUUCAAUAAAUCGCGCAACACAGCAAUUUUCGGGCUAAAGUCAAGUCCGCACACAAAUGGCAAACACAGCCCGGCGCUGUCGUCAUCUCUGCCGCCGUCUGCGUCUCAAUCAUCAGCUGCCGCAGUUGCAGUUGCAGUUGCCACUGCCACCACCCCUUAGAAGCUGCGACAGCUGUGCCCCGCUGUAGGCCAGUCGCACAAUGCCAAGUGCCUAUUACCAACCACUCGAGCCGCAAGCAUCCGACGACAACGACGAGCGCUGGGCAAUUGAAGACGACGACGAGCAGUCGAGCGGCCGGACCGAGCGGAGCAGCCAGUACCAGCACCUCCAUACACGCUGCUAUCCACAGCAGCUGCUGGCCACAGGCGACCAGCUGCCGUCCAUGGGCAUGGCGCCACGACUGAGAGGUGCAGGGACAUGCAGGCGGAGCUACUGCAUCAUGCUGCUGCUGAUUGUGGUCGGAGUUUGCUUCGUCGGCUACUUCUUUGUCAGUCCCCAAUCGGCGGGCCGGGGCGAUGACGGAGCGGAGGAUGCCAAUGGUAUCUAUGAGCCGCAUAACGGCAAAGGUAAGCGGCGGCACCUAAAACUAAUCUUAGGGAUGCAGAUGAUUCCACACGACCAUCCAUUCAAAGCAACCAUAAGCAAGCGCAAUCAUGGACGCAUACAUAGUACAACUGGGCACGCUCUGAAUGAACCGCUGCACAUAUGCAGCGAAAGCCCUGAGGAUCGUCGCGUCUAUAUACAAGAUAAGCCCCGUAGUGCCUACGCACAGCUGCCUGUGAUUUAUUUCGUAACGCCCACAUAUCCCAGACGCGAACAAAUACCGGAACUGAAGCGUCUGGCAUACACGCUGCUCCAUGUGCCUCGACUCUACUGGCUGGUGGCCAAUGAUCAAGAGAGAUGUGAUACGUUUCUGGACACGCUGUUAAGUGGUUUUGGUAUUCCCUAUGCACAUAUGGCCAGUCCGAUGCCCAGUGAGUUUCGUAAAUCGAAGCCGGCGCCGCGGGGCGUGGCCAAUCGACGUGCAGCACUGCAAUGGCUGCAUCAACAAAACAUAACUAAUGGUGUACUGUAUUUUGGUGACGACGACAAUACUUAUGAUCUGAGACUUUUCUCGGAAAUAAGGCAGACGCAGCGAGUCUCCAUGUUUCCUGUUGGACUGAUAGCAGAAUAUGCGGUCAGUGUGCCGGUAGUGCGUGAUGGUAAAGUAGUUGCCUUUCUGGACUCUUGGGUGGCGGGUCGGCGCUGGCCUGUUGACAUGGCUGGAUUUGCUGUGAGCUUGGCCUACAUGUCGCAGUAUCCCAAUGUAAAUAUGCCCUACAAGCCGGGCUACGAGGAGGAUUUGUUUCUGCGCAGCAUUGGAUUGCGUAUUGAUCAAAUUGAGCCCAAAGGCGCGAAUUGCACCGAAAUUCUUGUCUGGCAUACACAGACCAAAAACAAAAAGUCUGCCGUGGUGCGUUUGAACAGCGAAUUCUUAGAUGGCCGCUCAAACCUGGGCGCACUCUUUCAAUCGCUUAAACUGAUGGGUGUGGCAAGCGCUUCGGAUACUGAAGGUCCCGUUGCGAUGAUCAGCAAGAACGGCAAGAGUAAAUCACACUCAUUCAUACUGAGCUGAGUCUCAGUUCGAAUGAAGGCUAACUAUUCAACCGUCGUACUAUAGAAGUCUAAGAAUACUCCUGACAAAACACGAUAUGUUGGAUUUCCUUAAAUGGAAACUCUAGAGUUUCUGAUCAUCUCAAAAGGCACAAGUUAUGAAAACUUGUUUUAAAUCUUUUUUGCAUAUUAAAUUGUGAUUAAUUACAAUAUGCCUAUCCGCAGUUCUCAUAUUUAUAUUAAUGUUAAAUGCGAAUUGUAGUAACAUUGUUAAUUAGUUUUAAUUAUUCGUAUAUGUUUGUGUUGUGAUAAGCUCGCUUAUGUUUAUCAAAAUUCCUUAUAGACUACGUCAUUUAACCAUAUAAGAAGGAAAGACAAUUUUUUAUGCCCAAUUUAGUUCGAUUUUUGAUCAUGUGGCAUCUAGGUUGUAUAUGUAGCUUUAAAAGCUUUAAUUACAAAUAGGUAUUUGCAAUGCGAAUUUCAUUUUCUCUGUAGCAAAUAUUCAUUUACAGACUUUUUUUUAUAUAAUAUUUCAAAGAAGCUUAUAAUCGAAAAUUGUUUUUGAUGGGUACAAAAAAAAAUGUCACUGUAAUUAUUAAGUAUUUAAGGCCUUUGCUGCUCAUUAUUGAAAACUUGUUUGAAAAGCUACUAUCAUAUCAUAGAUUUGGUUUUCAGUCUAAGGGAAAUUAAGUUCCAUUUUCUUAUUGGUUAAUAAAUAAUAAAAGUAAUUUAUCAGUGUCCACAACAACGAAUACUAGUAUAAACAGAAAUAUAUAUAUAUGGGUAUAUGUAUAUUGCAAAAUUACGCACAUAUCGUAAAUCCGCCAUCAGUUAUCCUGUUCAUACGUUUAAGCAUAGGAUUAUCUAAUAACAAUAUCAGCUUUACUUUAAUUAAUUAAUUAAUAAACAUCGCAUAAGCAUUAAUAUUUGGCACACCAUAGAAUUUGGACUAAAAUCAGGGAACAUUGCUAAACAAGCGUUUCAAUAAUGAGCCAAGUAAAUGAUAAAAAUGACACUACUUAUAAAUAUGUUAAAA